UCCAACUUAUGACGAGAGACAUUGAGCCAACCAUGCCCCACCUACUGGGACUGUAAACUUGUUACUUACAGACGGCAGGAAAGAGCAUGUGAACAUAUGACGUACAAGCUACAUAAGUUUUAGGCAGAAAUGUGUAUAUAUAAACAAGGAGCAAAUCUAGGUAAGGAAAAAUAUCGGCCUCAUUGUCAAACCUUCUAUCGAAAAAAACAAGUUUCAAUAUCAAACAACAGUCCAAACAACAUGUCUGACGCAGGCCGCAAGGAUUUCACCGACAAGGCUCAGGAGAAGCUUACUCCAGAGUCGCAGAAGAGCACCACGGAUAAGCUCAGUGAAGGCGCCACGGAUAUCGGUGACAAGGUUGCACGCAACGUUCAGCCAGAGCAGGAUAAGAGCACUACCCAGUCUAUCGGCGAUACCUUGUCCGGCAACAAGGACCACGCAACUUCCGGAGGCACCGGUGGCGGCAUCAUUGACAAGACAAAGGAGACGCUUGGCAUGAAGAAAUAGAUCUGAUUUGCAAAGAAUCAGCAUAGCUACUCACAUCUGUCAGAGUAGCUAAGAUGAAUAUCUGACGUUUGAUCCUGGCACUGUGAUUGCAAAUGUAUGAUUACGAUUGAAAUAGUGAAAUGAACGAUACAAGUGACAAGAAA